AUGAACGAAGACGACUUGGGAUUCUUGCCUCCCAUGCAUUUUCGCCCCAAAAAUCCAUUGUCAUUACCUCCAUCUCGUCGUUCCCUCUCCAAAAAAUCUAAAUAUUCUAAUAAAUCUCGAUCUUCAAAAUCAUAUAAUAAGUCAAAAUCGAAUCCAUCUUCUUCGAAUCAAGUUGAUGGCGAUAAUAAUGAAAGAAAAAAUUCAUUAGGACAAUUUCAAAGAUUGAUGAAUGGUUUCAUGUUCGGUCGUAAAUCUGUUAAUUCAACAUCAUCUUCUCUUAUGCCUCAAAUGCAAUCAUAUGUUGAAGAAACAAUUCUAGGUGAAGAAAAGUCUCAAUUUAGUCGAUUAGGAAGUUUUCAAAGAUCCUUGAAUAGCAGUCAGUUAGGUAUUAAAUCUAUUGAACCUACAAGUGAUGAUGUAUCUAAUAAUGUGUUAGUGCAAACUGAAAGAAGACCAAUUGAGGAUUGUCAAUUUGUAUGUGAGAAAACCAAAUCCGUUAAACGUCAAAGAACUUUAGAAAAAGAUCAAAUCAAUGUUGAUUAUCCAAAUGAAACAAAUGAAGUAGUUAGUAGAAAACAACAAUCAUUUUCAACAACUAGGCAUACGACUACCAUGAGAUCUUUACGCCCGUCUAUAAUGAGAUAUGUAAUGGAACGAAAUACUUUGAGAAGAAUUCGACCUGAAAUUAACAAAAGGGAAAUUAUUAAUAAAGUUCCUGGACCUAUCGAGUUUCUUCCUUCUAUGGAUCCAAUUCAAAUAAGAACAUGUGAACAAGAUCGCGCAACUCUGAAUAAUGUGAUGGAAAUUUAUCAAAAUCAAAAAUCUUUGGAUAAUAAAUCUCCUGAACUAUUUAAAUCUUCCAAUAUUUCCGAAGAAGAAUGGAUUUCUAUUUUAGAUACAAUAUUUCUUUAUUAUAGAGAAAGAAUAUCAGUCACUAUUGGAAAAAUUGUUAAAUUCGAUUUAGAUAAAAGAAUUAUUACUAUUGCAGAUUGUACAGGUGAAAUCCAAGUUAUCUUUCAUGAAAAAGUUCAUCAAGUUUAUAGUCAACAACUUCAAAUCGGAACGAUUAUUGUAUUGCAAAAUUUAGCAUUUUUACGAGUAGGAGGUAAUAAUUAUCUCAACGUGACACUUGAUAAUGUACAUUGGAUGUCGGGGAAAAUUGUCGAUAGAAAUUACGAAAUAGAUUCGAAUACGAAAGUCUUGUCUUAUCAAGAUGAUAAUGAGAUCAUUGAGCGAGUUCAGUUAAAUGAUAAUAUUAAUGUUAAUAUUCAUAAUGUAACAACAAUAACAUCAGAGAUAACUUCUUCAAAGGCUGCGUCAAUUGAAGAAAAAAAUUUUAGCUGUGUAUUUUCAAACAUGGGUGAUCACGGAGAUCUUUCGUGGAUGUUGGAUGACUUAGAUGAAUUGUGCAAAAAUUAA